GCAGUCUGUGAUUGAUCGAUUGUCUGAGCUGAGCUGAGCUGCACCGUCCUGCUCCUGCUUCCAUUGCUCGCUCGGCUGAUUUGGGUUCAGCCACAGAGAGAGCAGGUGACGGAGGCCAUACGGAAAUGAGCGACAGGUUCAGAGUGUAGAGGAGAGAGAGAGAUAGAGAGUGAGUGAGAGAGGGUCGUUGGUUUUUGGGCUCAGCUGGAGCGGAAGCGGAAGCGGACGACGAAAUGGCCGCCUCACCAGCUGGUGCUGCUGCUUCUAGUGCUGCUGCAUUGGUGGUGUAUGGAGUUCUCGUUCUUGCCGUCGCGGCUCCGUUUGCCUCUGCUUGGAACUACGACGGACACGCUAUCAUCUGCAACCUCGCCAGGCCACUUCUAACGGCCGCAGCUGCAGCAAAAGUCGACAGUCUUCUCAAUUCUGAAUUUCCACACAAUUUUUCAACGUUGUGUACCUGGGGAGACGAGUUUCAAUAUCUACCGCAGUACAGCUGGAGUCCGCCUCUUCACUUUAUAAACACUCCCGACAAAGCUUGUACCUAUGACUACACUCGCGAUUGUCGAGGCAUGUUUGGACAACCAAACAUGUGCGCUUCUGGAGCCAUCAACAAUUACACGACUCAACUUAUCACUCCUUCAGAUACUCAUAACAAAACCGAGGCAAUGCUUUUCUUGGCCAAUAUCAUGGGUGAUAUUCAUCAGCCUCUGCGAGUAGGAUUUGCUGGAGAUGAAGGUGGUGAUACCAUUCGCGUCUACUGGCUGAAUACUAUGAACGGCAGUAGCACUAGUCUCUUUGAGGUUUGGGACUCCGUGAUCAUUCAUGAAACUGAGGAGCGGUACUUCAACAAGAGUACGCCGACUUUCAAUGAGACGCUAACGGAUAUUCUUGGCAACAUGUCCUUGGCCAUAUAUGCCAAUCUUACAACUGCAGAUGUUGCCUUGUGGGGUCCAUGUCCAGGAGGCGCAAAAUCCUGUCCCGACCUAUAUGCAACCGAAAGCAUCGAAUUGGCCUGUAAAUGGGCCUACGCAGACGUCACCCCUUCCCAGAUAUUGUUGGAUGACUACUAUUACUCAAGAUUGACCAUCAUUGAGACUAGACUGAAACAAGCUGCUGUUAGGAUUGCGACAACAUUCAACAGAAUUUUCGAUCCAAAUUACAUUGAAGUACCGGCACCUCCCACUCCCACUCCCGUUACUCCACCUGCACCAGCUGUUGGUCCAAUCCCGCCAGUAGCUCCCGUACCUGGCCCUACGCUGCCUCCAGUAUCACCUGUAAUGCCAGUUCCAGUUCCUCCGGUUGCUCCAAUUCCUCCGGUACCUGUGGCACCAGCUGCUCCGACAAUUCCUUAAGUCUCUUCUGCUCACCAGCUGGAGUUUAGGAGGAGACCGACCAUUCGAACUUUGAAACUUGUCAUCUUCCCCGAGGUCUUGGCAGUCACAUACAACACUUUUGAGGUUGUGCUUUCUUUCAAGUUUUCCAAGUGGUUGUAAGAGAGCUGAUUGUCAAAUGUUGGAGAGCGGAUAUUUGCAGUAGAGCUACAAUUGAGGCUUAGGAUUAUUAGAUGCCACAAUAUGGCAAAUUAUUUGACCAAAAGCGGACCGAUUGAGACUCACUACUAUACAGGAUGGCAGGACACUUGUCUGCUUGAGGAGCAAGAUCGGUUCCCGUCAUCACCCAAUCCUGACUUUUUUUUAUACAGAAACUUAUAGAUCAUUCAAGUAAUUUAUUCUCAUUGAAAUUGUCAAAGUAUCAUAGCAAUAAAUCAAACUGCUCAUGUCUAC